GCAACGUGUUUUAGUUGCGUUCAAACGCUUUAGUCUGUAAGUAAGCAAGCCGAAAGUUAACGCAACAUCACGUAAACGGAGCAACGAUCGAGGGUCUGGACGGUUCGAGAGCUCAACGCCAAAUGCGAACCACUUUUGCGAUCGGUCAGCUCGAGAGUCGCCCAAGUCGCCAAAGUGAGAGUAAAUUGAAGCGGGUGCUCCCGCUGCCGCAACUAUUCCAACAACAACAACAACAACAACACACGGAAAGAAAGUAAACGCUGCGAGACAAGAUCGCUCGAUUACCUAAUCCCAGCUGAAGUUGGAGGCGCAGAUUAAUGGCCUGGCGCUCUCUAUUCCACAACGCCAUGAGCUUUAGGAGGAGAAAACAGAAGCACUGAGACUAAAGACCCAUUUGAAGCAUAAAAACAAAAACAAGAUCGUCGCAUCGAUCGACCCAUUGUGAACUCAUAUACUCAUAACUUGUAGUUUCAUAUGUCGCAUCCAUGCAUUGCUAAUUUAGAAAGCGCCAGUUCAGCAUAAUCAUUGCAUAUCGACUAGAUCGGCAGCAUCAACAUUCAUAGAUAUUCACACGAUCAGAGUGGUGUCUGUCCCAUAGAGCUUGUGCAGCCUGCAGCUGGCUUUCUCCCGCGUCAGUCGUGUCUGUGUCGCCGUCGCGAACUUUAGCUUCAACUCGAAGCCUGAUAGCUUAACAAAAACUGGUGCCCAAAUUUGACCAAAGCGCGCGAUGAUAAUGCAACGCUUCACGCUCUUCACAGUGCUCUUAUCGUUGGCCAGUGUCGAUUCCGGUAACAACGCGCCACAAAACGUGCCUCUAUCCGUGCCGCUUGCAGCCUCUGCUCGCCCCGUGCCGCGCAUUUUCCAUGCGGCCAGCAGCAACAACAACAACAACAGCAGCAACAGUCGAGGAAAUGUUCCAGUGGCAGUCGUCGAGCAACGGGAGGAGGCGGUGCCGUCGGCAACCACAAAUGGCCGCGACAAGAGAGGCACGAGCGGCGGCAGCAGAAGCAGAAACAGCAACAGUGGCAGCGACAGCGGCAACAAUCACUUUCAACUGGAUCAGAGCGAACUGGCGCGCCAGAAUCAAAUAACACAGCAGAUAUUUGCCAACUUUCUUGAGCGUCGCUUGUUUCCCAAUCGCAGCGUUAGCCAGAAGAUACCCACUAUAGCGGAUAUUCUGCCCAAGCCAAAGCCCUCCCCACGUCCACGUCCGCGUGGCUUCUCCAGUAGCGAUGGCUACAAGAAAAGCGGCGGCGGUGCCCAACGCAAUCGGUUGGCAGCGGCGGCGGCUUCCAAGCGGAUAACGAGCUCAACUAGCCAGCGUUUGCGCUACGAGGACGAGGAGGAGGAGGAUCUGGCGGACCAGCAGUCGCAGGCGAAUAGCAAUCCUCAUGAUGAAUACGACGAGGAUGUGCAGGAGUCGCUGCAGAGCGUCGAGUCGGAGCAGCACGAUCAAUACUACGGCAAUAUUUUUCAUCGUGAUCCCAGCGAGAAUGAAGUUGACAGCGACUGCCCCAACUGUGUGGACGAGUCGCAGUACACGCCGAAUAAAUGGACGAUGCCGCUGCUGAAGCUGGGCGAGAAGCGCUACUACCUGGGCAUCUUCUUCAAGGCAAAUUGGUUCAAAGCCACACAAUACUGCCGGUACCAUGGCAUGCACUUGGCUAGCAUUUCAUCACAGGAAGAGAACGAUAGACUGGAGAAACAUAUACGCGACUUUGGCUUGGGUCACGAACAUUUCUGGAUAUCUGGCACAGAUCUGGCCGAUGAGGGCAACUACUUUUGGAUGGCCACCGGACGGCCCAUUACGUUUACCAAUUGGAAUGCCGGCGAACCAAACAAUUUCCGCUACGAGAAUGGCGAGGAGGAGAACUGCCUUGAGCUAUGGAAUCGCGAUGGCAAAGGUCUCAAAUGGAACGAUUCACCCUGCAGCUUCGAGACCUACUUUGUCUGCGAGGUGCAGCCCGUCUGAUCAACAUAUCUGCAUAAACAUAUAUAACUGCUUAUAUAUACAUACACACACACACAUAUAUAUAUAUAUAUAUAUAGGAUAUAUAUAUAGGAUAUCAAGCAUACGACAUGCGGCACACAAGGCAAAUUAUUUAGCUGGAAUAAAAUGAAGAAAUUUAGUAGUUUUAAUGUGUAGUGUAUUAGUUGUUAAGUAUGUGAAGGCAACUGACUUUUGCUGUGCUGUGUAUGUGUUAAUCUAACUUCCAUACGAAUCCAAAUUUUCCACAAAAUUAUUUACAUAAUUUAAUUAAUUUGGUUAAGUUCUUGUUGAUGCUUAGCUAGUAAACCAAUUAAAUUAUACGCUCGUGUAGGCAUUUGUAAAAAUAAACAAACAAAAA